AUGUCUCAUGUAGAGUGCCAAGGUUUGUGGGACUACCUGAACUGCUGGCCUCAUGCUGAUGUGGGAGAGACUGUGUCACAGCCGUGUCCCAGAUUCCUCCGCACCACAGGUAUGCCCACACACAUUAGAACAUCAUCAGAACACACCCAUGUUCAAGGUUGAUGAUUGUCAAUGGGUUUUGUAUGUCAGGUAUUAUGUAAUGCCUGUGUACUUUAGGCAUUAUCACAGGAUAAACAGUAUCCCAGCGGGAAAAAGCGGUUGCAAUGUUGGGUAAUGGUCAAGAUUGUAAAAUAAUGUUAUUUAUAUGUAUUCUUUAGCAAACCAGUGUUCUCUCCUCUCACAGGCAGAGUAUACAGGAACUGCACAGAGCACGGCUGGACUGAGCCGUUUCCUCCACAUGAGAUAGCCUGCGAGUAUGCCUUUGAAACCCUCACCUUCCCUUUUGAGGUAGGAUGAUGUGAUUCGUACCCGGUUCCACGAGGGGGCUAAAGGGGGCUUAGCCCCUCAGUUCAAACUUUAUGUCUCUAUAUAAAAAUAGCAGUUGAAAUGAUUGCGUGACAGGUUGGGGAUGUUCUAGUUAGUUACAUUUUGGGUAACUCAAGGGGAGGCUGUAUCUGAGCCUGGUAGACCCCACCUGUGCUUUAUUGGUUAAGACAGGUUUUGCCUGAUGAGAGGCUUUUUCUUUUGAAUGCUGCCAUUUUUAAGUCAGAACUUUGUAUAGCCUAGCCUAUUUGUAAAUUUCACCUUCAUCUUUGAAACACCAGUGAUGUGUAAAUAAAUCCAACACUCAUUUGCACCUCUACCUUCCUGCCUCCUGCUGAAUCUUUGUCCUUGUGACUGCUAGAAGGCCCCUAUUUUAUGCUGAUACAGCGCACAGGAGAUAGUCUACAUAUUUCGUGCCAACCUGUCACUUCAAAAGCACUCAAUGAUCUUGGAGUCUCUGCAUUUGAACUUUAUGUUUAUUGUGGUAUAGCAUGACAUAAGUAGAAUUCUAUUUAAUUCCAAUGCAAGAACCCCCAAAAAUGUUGCCCACUUGCCGAUUUCAACUGCCCCCCUUAGUCACUUUAUCCUGGCGCUGGGUCUGCUGUGAUUCAUCCUCCACAAUAGACAAGAAGAUGGAGACAGAGAGAAGUGGAGAUACACAUUGUGUUCAGAGUCCAGGUCUAAUGAUUUAUUGGUAAAAAGGGACUGUGGGAUAUGUGCCUCAGGAAUGAUGUGAAUCCACAGGUGUGCUAUGUCCCAAUACUCUUUAAUGACCUCAUCUCGUUUUUUUCCUCUCCCUUAGGAUCUGUUCACUGAAAAUACUAGAUAGGUUAAAGCAUUUUGAUAGGCUGGCACUCAGUUCUUCUACAGUGGUGCAUGUUUUUUGGGCAAUAUCAUCAGCCUGGGUGAGAGUCAGUGGAUAUGGGGGCACAAUAAAACCUAUGAUAUAACAUUUCAGUGUCCUGGGGUGAAGUAAACGUACUAUUAUUAUUUGAUGUAAUUUAGGAACAGACUAUGACCCAGUGUUGUAUUUGGACUGGCUGCAGGUGGAAUAACAGAGUAAAUCAAAGUGUGAAAUGUUCUGGUUCUGCUCAGAACUCCUCUUCACAGUCUGUUCCGAGUAGUCUUCCUGCUGGGAGGACAGCAGUGCUUAACUACAGUGAUUUAAGAGACAGAUAGUAACGACACGGUCCAACCCCCCCCCCCCCCCCACCCCCCUCUCUCUCUCCGUCUCUCUCACUCUUUCUCUGUUAGGCCAGGAUAUUCCGUCCACCCGUAUACAUCUCGCUGUUUCGCUCUCUCUCUCUCUCUCUGACUCUCUUUCUCUGAAUCUCUCUCUCUCUCUCUCUCUGACUCUCUCUCACUCUCUCUCUUUCUCUGUUAGGCCAGGAUACUCUGGCCACCCUUAUACAUCUCGCUCUUUCGCUCUCUCUCUCUCUGACUCUAUCUCUAUCUGACUCUCUCUCCUCUCUGACUCUCUCACUUGCUUCUCCUCGUCUGCGCACUCGAAUCCUUCGUCCACUCCUGACUCUCCUCUCUGACUCUCUCUCUGAAACUUCUGAAUCUCUCUCGACUCUCUGACUCUCUCUCUCUCAAUCUCCUCUCGUCUCUGCUCCUCUGACGUCUCUCCUUCUCUCUGACUAACUCCCUCUCUCUCUCUCUUACUCCCCCCGUAGACAAUCGCGCUCUAUUUAUCCUUCGCUCUCCUCUCCUCUCUCUCGGACUCUCUCUCUCGGACUCUCUCGCUCUCUCUCUGGUUCUCACUCUCUCCGACUUCUCCUCUCCUACGCUCUCUCUCUGACUCCCGCGUCUCUCUCUGACUCGCUCUAACUACUACAACUCUAAAUCGCUCUCCUCUCCUCUGAGCACCUCUCUCUCUCUCUCAUCUCUCUGACUCUUCGCUCUAUGACUCUCUCUCUCUCUCUCUGACUCUCUCUCUCUCUCCCCUCCUCUCCUCUCCUCCUCUCUCUCUCUCUCCUGGACUCUUCUCUCGACUCUCCUCUCCCCCGCCUGCACUCCCUCUAUCUCCCUCUCUCCCUCAUCGCUCCGCCUCCCCUCUCCCCUCGUCUCUCUCUCUCUCUCUACCCCCCCCCUUUUUUUUUCCCUCUUCUCCUCUCUCCCUUCGUCUCUCUCUCCUCGCUCCCCCUCUCUCUCGUGACUCUCUCUCUCCUCUCUCUCUUCGAACCGCAUCUCCAGUGCGUCUCUCUCCUCUUCUCUCUCUCAGUCUAUCCCUCUCCUCUUUCUCUGUUAUGCCGAGGAUACUCCGUCACCAUUAUACAUCUUCGCUCUUUCUCCGCUCCUUCUCCUAUCUGACUCUCUCUCCCUCUCUGCUCUCUGACUUUCUCUAUCUCUCCUCUCUCCUCUGACCUCCUCUCUCUCUGACUCGCCUCUGACCUCUCUCUCUCUCGAACUCUCUCUCUCUCUGAACUCUGUCUCUCUCUCUCUACUCUACUCUCUCUCUCUGACUCUCUCACUCUCUCUCCUCCUCCAGCCCCCCCCCCCCCCCGCUCCUCUCCCUCCUGCAUCUGACUCUUCUCUCUGGCUCUCUCUCCUCUCUCUACCUCUCCCUCGCUCGCUGACUCUCUCUCUCUGAUCUUCUCUCACUCCCGUCUCUCUCACUCUCCUGUACUCUCUUCCUCUCCCCUCUCUCUCCUCUCUUCUUCAUAUCUCUUCUUCUUUCUCGGGUCUUCUUUCUCUCGCCCAGGAUACGCCACCCCCCUUAUACCAUCUCUCGCUCUUUCGCGCUCUCUCUCCUCUCCUCUGACUCUCUCUCUCUGACUCUCUCUCUCUGACUCCUCUCUGAUCUUUCUCUGACUCUCCCUCUCCUCUCUUCUGACUCUCUCUCUGACUCUCCUCGCUCAUCUGACUCGCACUCUGACUCCUCUCUCUCGCUCUUGACUCUUUUAUUGCAUCUCUCUCAUACUAUAUAUAUCUCUCCAAUUCUCUCAUCUCUAUCUUCAUAUAUUAUGAUCUAUCUACUCUCUUUUGUUAUCUCUCAUUGACUAUUUUCUCUCUUCCUUCUUCUCUGACUCUCUCUCUGACUCUUUCCAUCUCUAUGACUUCUAUCUCUCUCUAUAUUUGAAUCUCUCUCUGACUACUCUCUCUCCUCGAUCUCUUUCUCAUCUCUAUCUGACUCUCUCUUUCCAUUAUAUUGACUCUCUCUCUCUCUACUCUCUCUCUCUUUCAUCUCUAUCUGAAUCUCUCUUUUCCAUGCUCUCUCUGACUCAUCUCUUUCCAAUAUCUCUCUGACUCUCUCUGUCUCUCUUUCCAUCUCUCUCUCUCUCUCUCUCUCCAUCUCACUCUGACGCUCUUUUUUCCUCCUCCUUUCUUUUCUCCUCUCUCUCUCUUUCCAUCUAUCUGACUCUUUCUCUCUCUUUCCAUCUAUCUGACUCUUUCUCUCUCUUUCCAUCUCUCUCUGAUUUCUCUCUUUCCAGCUCUCUCUGACUUUCUCUCUUUCCAGCUCUCUCUGACUCUCUCUCUUUCCAGCUCUCUCUGACUCUCUCUCUCUUUCCAUCUCACCCUGUCUCUCUCUGACUCUCUCUCUCUAUCUCUCUCUGACUCUCUCUCUCUUUGCAUCUCUCUCUGACUCUCUCUCUCUCUCUUUGCAUCUCUCUCUGACUCUCUCUCUCUCUGACUCUUUCUCUUUCUCUCUCUUUCCAUCUCUCUCUGACUCUCUCUUUCCAUCUCUCUCUGAGUCUCUCUCUCUCUUUCCAUCUCUCGCUGACUCUCUCUCUUUCCAUCUCACUCUGACUCUCUCUCUCUCUCUCUCUCUCUGACUCUCUCUUUCCAUCUCUCUGACUCUCUCUCUCUCUUUCCAACUCUCCUGACUCUCUCCUCUCUCCUUGCAUCCUCUCUGACUCUUUCUCUAUGUUCCAUCUCUCUCUGACUCUCUCUCUCUUUCCAUCUCUCUCUGACUCUCUUUCCAUCUCUCUCUGACUCUCUUUCCAUCUCUCUCUUACUCUCUUUCCAUCUCUCUCUUACUCUCUCUCUUUCCAUCUAUCUGACUCUUUCUCUCUCUUUCCAUCUCUCUCUGACUCUCUCUCUCUUUGCAUCUCUCUGACUCUCUCUCUCUCUUUCCAUCUCUCUCUGACUCUCUCUCUUUCCAUCUCUCUGACUCUCUCUCUUUCCAUCUCUCACUGACUCUCUCUCUUUCCAUCUCACUCUGACUCUUUCUUUCUCUCUCUCUCUUUCCAUCUCUCUGACUCUUUCUCUCUCUCUCUUUCCAUCUCUCUCUGACUCUCUUUCCAUCUCUCUCUGAGUCUCUCUCUCUCUUCCAUCUCUCACUGACUCUCUCUCUUUCCAUCUCUCUCUGACUCUCUCUGUCUCUCUUUCCAUCUCUCUCUGACUCUCUCUCUCUUUCCAUCUCUGACUUUCUCUGUCUGGCUUUCACUCUCUUGUCAGACCCCAUGCUGAGUCCCAGUGUGUGUGUGUCUCUCUCUAUCUCUCUCUCUUUCUCUCUCUCUCUCUCUCUCUCUCCUUCCAUCCCUCCGUCUCCCAGCAUGAUAAGGCUAGUUCAGCUGAUCUCACUGGUUGUGUCACAGCAGGCUAGUUCAGCUGAUCUCUCCAUCCCUCUCUCCAUCCUCACCCUCCAGGUUAGUUCAGCUCUGAAUCUAAUCUCCAUCCUUACCUUCCAGGUUAGUUCAGCUCUGAAUCUAAUCUCCCCCUUACCCUCCAGGUUAGUUCAGCUCUGAGUCUAAUCUCCCCCCUUACCCUCCAGGUUAGUUCAGCUCUGAGUCUAAUCUCCCCCCUUACCCUCUAGGUAUGGUUAGAUGUGUUGUGACAAGGUAGGGGGGGUAUACAGAAGAUAGCCCUAUUUGAUGUCCAUACUAUGGUAGCGCAAAUAAGCAAAGAGAAACAACAGUCCAUCAUUACUUUAAGACAUGAAGGUCAGUCAAUAUGGAAGAUUUCAAGAACUUUGAAAGUUUCUUUAAGUGCAGUCGCAAAAACCAUCAAGCGCUGUGAUGAAACUGGCUCUCAUGAGGACCGCCACAGGAAUGGAAGACCCAGAGUUACCUCUGCUGCAGAGGAUAAGUUCAUUAGAGUUACCAGUCUCAGAAAUUGCAGGCCAAAUAAAUGCUUCAUAGAGUUCAAGUAACAGACACAUCUCAACAUCAACUGUUCAGAGGAGACUGCGUGAAUCAGGCCUUCAUGGUUUAAUUGCUGCAAAGAAACCACUACUAAAGGACACCAAUAAGAAGAAGGGACUUGCUUGGGCCAAGAAACACGAGCAAUGGACAUUAGACCGGUGGAAAUUUGUCCUUUAGUCUGAUGAAUCCAAAUUUGAGAUUUUUGGUUCCAACCGCUGUGUCUUUGUGAGACGCAGUGUGGGUGAACAGAUGAUCUCCACAUGUGUAUUUCCCACCGUAAAGAAUGGAGGAGGAGGUGUUAUGGUGUGGGGGUGCUUUGCUGGUGACACUGUCUGUGAUUUAUUUAGAAUUCAAGGCACACUUAACCAGCAUGGCUACCACAGCAUUCUGCAGCGAUACACCAUCCCAUCUGGUUUGGGCUUUGUCAUUUGUUUUUCAACAGGACAAUGACCCAACACACCCCCAGGCUGUGUAAGGUAUAUUUUACCAAGGAGAGUGAUGGAGUGCUUUAUCAGAUGACCUGGCCUCCACAAUCCCCCGACCUCAACCCAAUUGAGAUGGUUUGGGAUGAGUCGGACCGCAGAGUGAAGGAAAAGCAGCCAACAAGUGCUCAGCAUAUGUGGGAACUCAAAGGGUGGCUAUUUGUAGAAUCUCAAAUAUAAAAUAUAUUUUGAUUUGUUUAACACUUUGUUGGUUACUACAUGAUUCCAUACGUGUUAUUUCAUAGUUUUGAUGUCUUCACUAUUAUUCUACAAUGUAGAAAAUACCCUUGAAUGAGUAGGUGUUCUAAAACUUUUGACCUGUAGUGUAUAUUUCUUGAUUCAAUAAGUAUCUGUUGGUAUUGUCUUGUAGGGCAGUUGAUUCAAUAAGUAGCUGUUGGGAUUGUCUUGAAGGGCAGUUGAUUCAAUAAGUAUCUGUUGGUAUUGUCUUGUAGGGCAGUUGAUUCAAUAAGUAUAUGUUGGUAUUGUCUUGUAGGGCAGUUGAUUCAAUAAGUAUCUGUUGGUAUUGCCUUGUAGGGCAGUUGAUAAAAUAAGUAUAUGUUGGUAUUGUCUUGUAGGGCAGUUGAUUCAAUAAGUAUCUGUUGGUAUUGUCUUGUAGGGCAGUUGAUUCAAUAAGUAUCUGUUGGUAUUGUCUUGUAGGGCAGUUGAUUCAAUAAGUAUCUGUUGGUAUUGUCUUGUAGGGCAGUUGAUUCAAUAAGUAUCUGUUGGUAUUGUCUUGUAGGGCAGUUGAUUCAAUAAGUAUCUGUUGGUAUUGUCUUGUAGGGCAGUUGAUUCAAUAAGUAUCUGUUGGUAUUGUCUUGUAGGGCAGUUGAUUCAAUAAGUAGUAGUGGUUUUAACGGUCUGAUUGCUCAGUACUUGUGACUGUCGUUGUGGACUUGCACAUUUGUGGGCGUGUUGUAUUGUAGGAGGUGUUUUCUUCACCAAUCAGUGCUUGGAGGUGUGUCUUAGUGCUAGUUCUUCAGUCUCCCCAGUUGUUUCAGCGGCAGCUGUAAGCGGCAGUAUUGUCAACCCGCGCGCUGUUGUCUGUAAAUCAAAGACGUUCUGCCGAGUUGUUCUGCCAAGUUUUUUCGAGGAAGGAAAGAGAGGAAGGUUCCACACCACUCUCUCACCUGAGUAUCUUAUCUAGUUAUUUUAUUUUAGCUUUUGGCUUGUUUUCCAUCCCAGUUCGCUCCUGUAGGUUUUUACAGACGCUCCCCACCUGUGAUGGCAACCUUCCUAAUUUAGUAAACCGUGCCCCUCAUAUGGAAUUCCUAGUCUCGGCACUCUGCGGUCAAUAAGGCUGAGUUCAUAUUUUUUGGCCCUGACAGAGACAUGGAUCACCUCAGGGACCACUGCUACUCCAGCUACUCUCUAUGUGUUCUCCCAUUGUCCUAGAGCAUCUGGUCGUCACGGUGGUGGCACAGGGCUUCUCUUUUCUCCCACCUGUCUUUCUCCUCAUUUGAAUUCCAUGCUGUCACUAGACAGGUUUCCAUUGACCCAGGUUUAUUCGAGGAAAGCAAUGUCGCAAGAAAAAUCAUUGCGACGUGUUUGGAAAUGUCAGAUAUAAGAGAAAUGUUCUAAAAGUUCAUAAGCUCAUUUCCUGACGAUGGCUCGCCACUCACCGUACUCACCUCCCGACGCCUAACUGAAAUUAAUUUAUUUCCACCUCUUUUUUUCCACUCUUUUCCUCUUUUGACCUUUCCCAGUCCCCUCCCACUCACAAGGAAGGCAAUACACUUGACCUCAUGUUUACUAGAGGCUGUUCUCCUACUAAUCUAACUGCAACCACCCCUUCCAUGUCUCUGAUCACUAUUUCGUUUCCUUUUCUCUCCAUCUCUCCUCCAACCCGACCCAGAUGGUUAUACGCCGCCGGAAUCUUCCAUCUCUUCUAUCUUAUUCUCGCUCCCUUCUGAUAAAUCCUUCUCUCUCCUGACUAUGCCUCUUCAACCCUACUCUCCUCCAUUUCCACAUCCUUUGACUCGCAUUGUCCUCGUUCCUCCCGGGCCGGCUCGACCUUCCCCUCCCACUCCGUGGCUUAGUAACAUAACAGAGCUGUGGGCAGAUGAAACCGAAAUGGAAGAAAACUAAACUUCCGGAGGACCUAUCAUCCCUCCUCUCUACUGAUAACCUCUGAUAACCUUCUAUCACUCUAAAUGUCAAGCCUCUGGAAACUCUUCUCCUCCCUCAAUCUUUCACCUCCUCCCUCUCUGCGGACGACUUUGUCAACAACUUUGGGAAAAAAAAGGUUGACGACAUCCGCUCCUCAUUCACUCAGCCUACUGAGCCCACAGAUCCCACUCACAGAAAACUUCCUGACCUCUUUCUCUCCUCUCUGCGACUAGUGAUGUCCGGCCGCCCAACAACCUGCCCACUUGACCCCAUUAAAUCAAAUGUAUUUAUAAAGCCCUUUUUUACAUCAGCAGAUGUCACAAAGUGCUUAUACAGAAACCCAGCCUAAAACCCCAAACAGCAAGCAAUGCAGAUGUAGAAGCACGGUGUCUAGGAAAAAAAACCUAGAAAGGCAGGAACCUAGGAAGAAACCUUAGGAAGAACGAGGCUCUGAGGGGUGGCCAGUCCCCUUCUGGGUGGAGAUUAUAAUAAUACAUAUUUAUAAUACAGUUGUUGUUUUUUUUCACCUUUAUUUAACCAGGUAAGCCAGUUGAGAACAAGUUCUCAUUUACAACUGCGACCUGGCCAAGAUAAAGCAAAGCAGUGCGAUAAAAACAACAACAACACAGAGUUACAUAUGGGGUAAAAAAAACAUAAAGUCAAAAAAAAUACAACAGAAAAUAUAUAUACAGUGUGUGCAAAUGUAGCAAGUUAUGGAGGUAAGGCAAUAAAUAGGCUAUAGUGCAAAAUAAUUACAAUUAGUAUUAACACUGGAAUGCUAGAUGUGCAAGAGAUUAUGUGCAAAUAGAGAUACUGGGGUGCAAAAGAGCAAAAUAAAUAACAAUAUAGGGAUGAGGUAGUUGGGUGGGCUAAUUUCAGAUGGGCUGUAUACAGGUGCAGUGAUCGGUAAGGUGCUCUGACAACUGAUGCUUAAAGUUAGUGAGGGAGAUAAGUGUCUCCAGCUUCAGAGAUUUUUGCAAUUCAUUCCAGUCAUUGGCAGCAGAGAACUGGAAGGAAUGGCGGCCAAAGGAGGUGUUGGCUUUGGGGAUGACCAGUGAGAUAUACCUGCUGGAGCGCAGACGACGGGUGGGUGCUGCUAUGGUGACCAAUGAGCUAAGAUAAGGCAGGGAUUUGCCUAGCAGUGAUUUAUAGAUGGCCUGGAGCCAGUGGGUUUGACGACGAACAUGUAGUGAGGACCAGCCAACAAGAGCGUACAGGUCACAGUGGUGAGUAGUGUAUGGGGCUUUGGAGACAAAACGGACGGCACUGUGAUAGACUACAUCCAAUUUGCUGAGUAGAGUGUUGGAGGCUAUUUUGUAAAUGACAUCGCCGAAGUCAAGGAUCAGUAGGAUAGUCAGUUUUACGAGGGCAUGUUUGGCAGCAUGAGUGAAGGAGGCUUUGUUGUGAAAUAGGAAGCUGAUUCUAGAUUUAACUUUGGAUUGGAGAUUCUUAAUGUGAGUCUGGAAGGAGAGUUUACAGUCUAACCAGACACCUAGGUAUUUGUAGUUGUCCGCAUACUCUAGGUCAGACCCGUCGAGAGUAGUGAUUCUAGUCGGGUGGGCGGGUGCCAGCAGCGUUCGAUUGAAGAGCAUGCAUUUAGUUUUACUAGUGUUUUAAGAGCAGUUGGAGGCUACUGAAUGAGUGUUGUAUGGAAUUGAAGCUCGUUUGGAGGUUUGUUAACACAGUGUCCAAAGAUGUUCAAAUGAUCAUAGAUGACCAGCAGGGUCAAAUAAUAAUCACGGUGGUUGUAGAGGUUGCAACAGGUCAGUUAAGAAGAAUAACCUCAUGCAAUCAGCACUCCACCAAUCAGGCUUUUAUGGUAGAGUGGCCAGACGGAAGCCAUUCCUCAGUAAAAGGCACAUGACAGCCUGCUUGGAGUUUGCCAAAAGGCACCUAAAGACUCUCAGACCACGAGAAACAAGAUUCUCUGGUCUGAUGAAACCAAGAUUGAACUCUUAGGCCUGAAUGCCAAGCGUCACGUCUGGAGGAAACCUGGCACCAUCCCUACGGUGAAGCAUGGUGGUGGCAGCAUCAUGCUGUGGGGAUGUUUUUCAGCGGCAGGGACUGGGAGACUAGUCAGGAUCGAGGGAAAGAUGAACGGAGCAAAGUACAGAGAGAUCCUUGAUGAAAACCUGCUCCAGAGCACUCAGGACCUCAGACUGGGGUGAAGGUUCACCCUCCAACAGGACAACGACCCUAAGCACACAGCCAAGACAACGCAGGAGUGGCUUCGGGACAAGUCUCUGAAUGUCCUUGAGUGGCCCAGCCAGAGCCCGGACUUGAACCCAAUCUAACAUCUCUGGAGAGACCUGAAAAUAGCUGUACAGUGUCAUACCCAAGAAGACUCAAGGCUGUAAACUCUGCCAAAGGUGCUUCAACAAAGUACUGAGUAAAGGGUCUGAAUACUUAUGUAAAUUGAUUAUUUCCGUUUUUAUUUUUAAAACAUUAGCAAACAUUUCUAAAAAGCAGUUUUUGCUUUGUCAUUAUGGGGUAUUGUGUGUGUGGAUUGAUGAGGGGGGGAAAAACAAUUUAAUCAAUUUUAGAAUAAGGCUGUAACGUAAAAAAAAAUUGGAAAACGUCAAGGGGUCUGAAUACUUUCCGAAUGCACUGUAUAUUGGCAAAGAAUACUCAUAGAAUAUAAAGGAAGGUUUUACAUGAAAAAUACACAAACAAUGUGAGAUCAAUAAAAGUAGUGACACGUAUGGGUGGUCCCGGGGAUCGAACCGACUACCCUCGCGUUACAAGGGCCAUGACUCUACCAAUUGAGCUACAGAGGACCACAUGUUCCAGAAGGCAUUUCUGCCCAAAAAUAAAUGUUCAAAUGUCUCUCCUGUGAAGUAGUGACGUGCAGAUCUCUCUGUUUCUUGGGACCCAGAACUAGCAUCUCUGUUUUGUCCGAGUUUGAAAGUAAAACAUUUGAUGGCAUCCACUUCCUUAUGUCUGAAACACAGGCUUCCAGGGUAGGCAAUUUUGGGGCUUCACCAUGUUUCAUCGAAAUGUACAGCUGUGUGUCGUCCGCAUAGCAGUGAAAGUUGACAUUGUGUUUUCCGAAUGACAUCACCAAGAGGUAGAAUACAUAGUGAAAAAUAGUGUUCCUAAAACGGAACCUUGAGGAAAACCGAAACUUACAAUUGAGGACAAACCAUCCACAGAGACGAACUGAUAUCUUUCCGACAGAUAAGAUCUAAACCAGGCAAGAACUUGUCCGUGUAGACCAAUUAAGGUUUCCAAUCUCUCCAAAAGAAUGUGUUGAUCGAUGGACAGAAGUCUAGGAACACGAGGACAGAUAGUCAUCCCCUCUUCCUUUCUCAAGACCAUCUCUGGAGACCUUAUCCCAUUCCUCAAUUCCCUCAUUAACUCAUCCCUGACCACUGGCUGUGUCCCCUCUGACUUCAAGAUGGCCAGAGUUGCUCCCCUCCUCAAGAAACCAACACUUAACCCCUCUGACGUCAAAAACUACAGACUGGCAUCCCUUCUUUGUUUUCAUUCCAAAACACUUGAGCGUGCGGCCUCUGUCCAACUCUCUCGCUAUCUCUCUCUAAGACAGGUCACUCAACCGAGACUGUUCUUCUCAGGUGGCGACACGCAUCUCUCUAAGUGCCUGGCAGACAUCUCAAGCUCAACCGAGACAAACUUCCUCUAGGGGAAGGCCUGCCCGCUCCAUGACCUCUCCAUCAUGGUUGACAACUCCACGAUGUCCCCCUCCAAGAGUGCAAAGAACCUUGGCAUGAUCCUGGACAACACCCUGUCAUUCUCUGCACACAUCAAAGCAGUGAUUCGCUCCUGCAGGUUCAUAAUCUACAACAUCCGUAGAGUGGAUGACCUUUCCUCACGCAGGAAGCGGCGCAGGUCCUCGCAUCCCCUUCAAGACCCUGGUGUUUGCCUACGGAGCAGCAAGGGGAACUGCCCCUCCUUACCUAAAUACUUUGUUGAGGGAAAAUGUACAUGAUACAAUGCUAAUUGUAAGUUGCUCUGGAUAAGAGCAUUUGCUAAAUUACUCAAAUGUAAAAAGUAUGUUUUUCAAAAUACAUACUGCCUCCAGCUCACAUUGUAAAGUGGUGGGUGACGUGCUGAUAGCCUGUUGCCUGCAUUUGAAUGGUGAAUGGGAGGCGUCCUUCAAUUACCAGUUGAGAAAUAAAAAUAGUAGCUCUUUUUAAUCCUGCACCAAAACUGUUUUUAACACGCAUUUAGAAUUCUUGCGCAAUGAAUGGUCUUAUAAAAUCUCAUGUUUUACUAGAGCAGCAACCAGCUGAGGAGCAGCAGGAGAAAUCCCUCUCAGAAUAGGCUCUGGAGCAGCAGGAGAAAUCCCUCUCAGAAUAGGCUCUGGAGCAGCAGGAGAAAUCCCUCUCAGAAUAGGCUCUGGAGCAGCAGGAGAAAUCCCUCUCAGAAUAGGCUCUGGAGCAGCAGGAGAAAUCCCUCUCAGAAUAGGCUCUGGAGCAGCAGGAGAAAUCCCUCUCAGAAUAGGCUCUGUGUACCGUGUGAUAGUUCUGUUGGAUAAAUACGAUACAGUGCCUUGCAAAAGUAUUCAUCCCCCUUGUCAUUUUUCCUAUUUUGUUGCAUUACAACCUGUAAUUUAAAUGGAUUUUUAUUUGGAUUUCAUGUAAUGGACAUACACAAAAUCUUCAAAAUUGGUGAAGUGAAAUGAAAAAAAUAACUUGUUUCAAAAAAUUCUAAAAAAUAAAUAACGGAAAAGUGGUGCGUGCAUAUGUAUUCACCCCCUUUGCUAUGAAGCCCCUAAAUAAGAUCUGGUGCAACCGAUUACCUUCAGAAGUCACAUAAUUAGUUAGAUUGCACACAGGUAGACUUUAUUUAAGUGUCACAUAAAAAUAAUAAGCAAACACGUUUGGUGUUCGCCAAAAGGCAUGUGGGAGACUCCCCAAACAUAUGGAAGAAGGUACUCUGGUCAGAUGAGACUAAAAUGUAGCUUAUUGGCCAUCAAGGAAAAUGCUAUGUCUGGCGCAAACCCAACAUCUCUCAUCACCCCGAGAACACGUUUUUCAUCGGCAGGAACUGGGAAACUGGUCAGAAUUGAAGGAAUGAUGGAUGGCGCUAAAUACAGGGAAAUUCUUGAGGGGAAACCUGUUUCAGUCUUCCAGAGAUUUGAGACUGGGACGGAGGUUCACCUUCCAGCAGGACAAUGACCCUAAGUAUACUGCUAAAGCAACACUUGAGUGGUUUAAGGGGAAACAUUUAAAUGUCUUGGAAUGGCCUAGUCAAAGCCCAGACCUCAAUCCAAUUGAGAAUAUGUGGUAUGACUUAAAGAUUGCUGUACACCAGCGGAACCCAUCCAACUUGAAGGAGCUGGAGCAGUUUUGCCUUGAAGAAUGGGCAAAAAUCCCAGUGGCUAGAUGUGCCAAGCUUAUAGAGACAUACCCACAAGAGACUUGCAGCUGUAAUUGCUGCAAAAGGUGGCUCUACAAAGUAUUGACUUUGGGGGGGUGAAUAGUUAUGCAUGCUCAAGUUUUCUGUUUUUUUUGUCUUAUUUCUUGUUUGUUUCACAAUAAAAAAUAUUUUGCAUCUUCAAAGUGGUAGGCAUGUUGUGUAAAUCAAAUGAUACAAACCCCCCAAAAAAUCAAUUUUAAUUCCAGGUUGUAAGGCAACAAAAUAGGAAAAAAUCCAAGGGGGGUGAAUACUUUCGCAAGCCACUGUACAUAUUGACUAACCAAAAUACACACAGGCCAAUUUAAUUAUACUAAAUAGACCUGUAGAUCGAUAAGCAUGACAGUCAAAUGUAUGUCCAUUGACUGGUAUUUCCCAAAAAGAAUUAAAAGCAAGGGGGGGGGACCGGAAAAAAAGGGGGGAAGGGAAGGGGCAAAAAACCCCAAAGGGACAGGCGGGGAAAAAAGGGAAAAAGAAAAGGGGCAAAAGGGACCCAACCCAAAGGGGGCAAAGGGGGGAGAGAGGACCGAAAGACGCACGCGGGAGCGCGGCCAAAGGGGGGGGGCGAACAGGGAGGGCAGGGGCAAGAAACCGAACCAAGCGAACCCCAAAACGAGCCGAACCCCAAAAGAGCCCAACCCGGAAACCCAGCCGACCAAGCCGAAAAAAACCCAGCCCGAAACCCCCCGAACCCGAACCGAGCCGAAACCCCCAAACCCGGGCCCAACCCAGCCCAACCAAGCCGGAAACCCAAACCCCGCCGGCCCGAAACCCCGCCGAACCCGAAACAAGCCCAACCGAGGCCCAAAACGAACGAGCCCAAAAAGCCCAACCGAACCCGAACCCAGCCGAACCCAACCACCAACCCCAACCCCAGCCCAACCCCCCAAAAAAACCGAAACCGGAAAAAAGCCGAAAACCCCAAAACCCAGCCAACCCCAAAACCCCGGCCCGAAACCCCAACCCAACCCCCCGCCCCCCAACCGAAAACCGAACCCCCCAACCGGAAACCCCAGCCGAACCCAACCGGACCUCCCCCCCCCGAACCCCAAACCGAAACCCAAGCCCGGGCCGAACCCAAACAAACCAACCCCAAAACCGGGGCCCGAACCCGAAAAAAGGGCCCAAACCCAGCCGAACCCCCCAAACGAUCCGGAACCCGGAAACCCCAACCCAACCGAGACCUAAAAAAUUCCUAA